AUGGGUGGUCUCCUCGUUAAGCAAGCUCUUAUCACAUCCAAAUUGAACCCAAGACACGAAUGUAUACGUCGGUCUACGUAUGGUCUGAUGUUUUUCGCGACUCCUCAUCGAGGUGGCAAUUGGGCCGGCUUAGCUGACUUUGCCGCAAACAUCUGUGGCAGUGUCAGUGGAAGUCCAAAGAACUCCCUUCUCCAGCAGCUCAAGGGCAAGUCACUGCUCAAUGAGAUUGCGUUGGACCAAUUCAGCCACCAGACAAGCGACUAUGAGAUCAUCAGCUAUUAUGAGACAAAGAUGACAAAAGUGAAGAUCAAAGGAAGAAGAGUGAUGCCCAAAGCCGUCAGCAUGGUAAUUUUCCCGAAGGUUACUUUCAAAGAUAAUGCUGAGAUCAUGUAG